AUGGUCUCCACGCGAAGAAUAGCCGAAUACAAAUCAACAGCAACAUGCAAUUGCCUUCUUUCUGGCGGUAUAUCUGGCGGUUGGGGACAAUUUGAUGUGGUGGUGGGCUGUUAUGAACUUUCAGAAGGUUCAGAUUCAUCAUCAUCGCAUCAACAUCAACAUCAAAAUGGGGAAAGCAAUAUUCACGUGGGUUCACUCACCGGUCUUAUGUGUGAAAGGCGUGAGGCAAACCAAAACGACACCAACUUUGUGUUGCGGGAGCGUACCGACGGCGCCUUUAAACUCCCAUCAGCAUCAUCACUUCCAGGUAUUUUUGACCUCACUUAUUCCAACAAUAACAACUGCUUGAUGGCGAGCUGCACAGAUGGCGCGUUAUGGGUUCUGGAGUUACGGGAUGCCGCCGUUCAUGAGAGUGUUUUUCCAGUUUUUGACACGAUGUUAACGAGCUGCAGCCCAUUUAAUAGUGAAACGGGGGACCAGAAUAAAUGGUUCUGCACAGCACAUAAAGGUGAUGUAGCAUUAUAUGAUGCUGGAAUGAAGAGAAUUAUAAGGAGAUUGGAUGGACAUGAAUAUGACGCCUGGUGUUCAGCCACAACAGGCGCUGAGACUGGUGUCAGUGGUGGUGAUGAUGGUUUGCUCCGUUGGCAUGAUGUACGGAUGGGUGGUAAGUCCACGGUGGCUAAAAUGCAAUUUGAUGCGGGUGUUGUCAGUAUAUCGCCAAUUAGCACAUGUGGCACAUCCGCUACGACAUAUUCCCUCGUUGGUUCAUAUGAUGAGCAUUUAUACCUUGUGGAUUUGCGGUCGGCGAAGCGGCCACUUUCUUCUGUUCAUCUUGGCGGUGGCGUGUGGCGGUGCUCGAGACAGUUACUGGAAGAGAAACUUACGCCCGAAGCUAAAAAAGCGAUGAAUUACUACCGUUGGGUGCAGGAGUGUAAUGCACUCGCCAUUCCCGUUAUGCAAAACGGAGUGGCAUUAGUUCGUUAUGACAUUACAUCGAAUGCUGAGGGAAAUUUCACGUUGUUGGGUCAUUUACAAAGUAGUGCUGGUUCCGCUGCAAGUGAUGAGGAAUUGCCAAAUAACGCCCUAUUUUAUGAUUGCGCUGUCCUUCCUGGUAAUAUUUGUAGUGACGCGGUUACUGGGGAUGUUAUUGGGAGAACUAUCGCUGCCUGUGAUUUUUACAACAGAACAGUUUCAUUAUGGAAUAUUAAUGAUGUUUGA